AGGACCCGCCCCCGCUGCAGUGGCUGGAGAAACUGGAAGUUAACCGUUCCUGCUGAGAAAUCGGUGUGUUUCCUUUGGCUGCUCCUAGGUGGGGACUUGCUGUGGUCUAGCCUGGGAAGCAGGUCUAGCCCAAGUCCAGCCUGAACGGAAGCGAGCCUGUCGCCAUGCCGGCUUGCUGCAGCUGGAACGAUGUCUUGCAGUAUGAGACAAACAAAGUCACCCGGAUCCAGAGCACGAAUUACGGCACCGUCAAGUGGGUCUUGCACAUGAUCGUCUUUUCCUACAUUAGCUUCGCUUUGGUGAGCGAUAAGCUGUACCAGCGGAAAGAGCCCGUUAUCAGCUCCGUGCACACCAAGGUCAAAGGCAUAGCAGAGGUGACGGAGAAUGUCACAGAGGGUGGGGUGACGAAGUUAGUACACAACAUCUUUGAUACUGCCGACUACACCUUCCCUUUGCAGGGGAACUCGUUCUUUGUUAUGACAAACUAUGUCAAGUCAGAAGGCCAAGUGCAGAAGCAGUGUCCCGAGUAUCCCAGGCGAGGUGCACAGUGCUCUUCUAACCUGCGUUGUAAAAAGGGAUGGAUGGACCCACAGAGCAAAGGAAUCCAGACUGGCAGGUGUGUUCCAUACGACAAGACAAGGAAUACCUGUGAAGUCUCUGCCUGGUGUCCUACUGAGGAGGAGAAAGAAGCCCCCCGGCCUGCACUCUUGAGGAGCGCUGAAAACUUCACUGUACUCAUCAAGAAUAAUAUCCACUUCCCUGGCCACAACUAUACCACGAGAAACAUCUUGCCAGAUAUGAACGGCUCUUGUACCUUUCACAAGACUUGGAACCCUCAGUGUUCCAUCUUCCGACUUGGGGACAUCUUCCAGGAAGCAGGAGAGAACUUUACAGAGGUGGCAGUUCAGGGAGGAAUCAUGGGCAUCGAGAUCUACUGGGACUGCAACCUGGACAGCUGGUCCCAUCACUGUCAACCCCGAUACAGCUUCCGCCGCCUGGAUGACAAGAAUACCAACGAGUCUUUCGUCCCCGGCUACAACUUCAGAUACGCCAAGUACUAUAAGGAGAACAACGUGGAAAAGCGGACGUUGAUCAAAGCCUUCGGCAUCCGUUUUGACAUCCUGGUGUUCGGCACUGGAGGAAAGUUUGACAUCAUCCAGCUGGUUGUAUACAUCGGAUCCACCCUGUCCUACUUUGCCUUGGCCACUGUGUGCAUUGACUUGCUCAUCAACACAUAUUCCAGUGCCUUCUGCAGGUCGGGGGUUUACCCCUACUGUAAGUGCUGUGAGCCCUGCACCGUGAAUGAGUACUACUACAGAAAGAAGUGUGAGCCCAUCAUGGAGCCCAAGCCGACAUUGAAGUAUGUGUCCUUUGUGGACGAGCCGCACAUUCGCAUGGUGGACCAGCAGCUGCUUGGGAAAAGUCUGCAAGUUGUCAAAGGCCAAGAAGUUCCAAGACCCCAGAUGGACUUCUCGGACCUGUCUAGGCUGUCCCUAUCUCUCCACGACUCACCCCCGAUUCCUGGACAAUCUGAGGAAAUCCAGCUGCUCCGUGAAGAGGUGGUCCCUAGGUCCGGGGACAGCCCCAGAUGGUGCCAGUGUGGAAAUUGCCUCCCUUCUCGCCUACCGGAGCAACGCAGGGCCCUGGAGGAGCUGUGCUGCCGGAGGAAGCCGGGGCAGUGCAUCACCACCUCCAAGCUCUUCUGUAGGCUCGUGCUGUCCCGAGACGCCCUGCAGCUCCUCCUGCUUUACCAGGAUCCCUUGCUGGUGCUGGGGGAAGAGGCCACCAACAGCAGGCUGCGACACUGUGCUUACAGGUGCUACGCCACCUGGCGCUUCGGCUCCCAGGACAUGGCUGACUUUGCCAUUCUGCCCAGCUGCUGCCGCUGGAGGAUCCGGAAGGAGUUCCCCAAGACCGAGGGGCAGUACAGUGGCUUCAAGUAUCCCUACUGACGGUACGGCUGCCACAUCACGGUGGCUCACAGUACAGCUUCCCUUGGAAAGCCCUAGAGACACGUUUUUUCAGCCAACGGGACCUUAAGGUUUGCUCCCUCGUAAGCUGUGUUGAAGAAGAGCUGAUUAGACCAACCGCGAGCACGCAAACCCUUCUCCACGUGGAUGAGAACCGGAUGCAGAUCUGAGCCUGCAGCCUGACCCUGGCCUGCGGCGCCACCCUCAGCCUAUAAUGUGUACAUAGGAUCCUCAUAUCCCAACCUCCCCGACCUACUUUCUCUGAACUAGCAUUGCGGAGAUGGGGAAGGUGUUC